CCCCUCUCUCCUUAGUGUGGCUCUCAGCUGCCGAGGCGGAUGAUGAUGAUGGCGGAGCUGGUUCAGGGACAGGCCUCGGUGGCUCAGCCCGGAACGAAAGAUGACUUCGCAGACACGAUACGCCGGGUCCGUCAGAUGGCAGCCAAGAUGGGAGGAGACCAGAUGCCCCACAUGAACAAUUCCUCUCAGGUCAUAGACCCCUCCCUCUACGGCUUUGGAGGCCAAAAACGUUCACUAGACAAUGGAGUAGGAAACCACCUUGGUGCAAUGGUACAUCAAAGGGCUCUAACAACAGAAGACUUCAAAGUGCCUGAUAAGAUGGUGGGGUUCAUUAUUGGAAAAGGAGGAGAGCAGAUCUCAAGGAUUCAACUGGAGUCGGGUUGUAAGAUCCAGAUUUCUUCAGACAGUGGAGGCAUGUUGGACAGACCCUGCACUCUGACUGGCAGCCCAGAGAACAUUGAGCAGGCCAAGAGGCUGCUGAGUGAGAUUGUGGAGCAGUGUCGGUACGGUCCAGGGUUCCACAGCGAGAUGGACGGCAACAGUUCCAUCCAACAGAUCCUUAUUCCCGCCAACAAAGUCGGCCUGGUCAUCGGCAAAGGAGGGGAAACCAUCAAACAGCUGCAGGAGAGAACAGGAGUGCAGAUGAUAAUGAUUCAGGAUGACCCCAUGCCCACUGGAGCAGACAAGCCCCUGAGAAUCACUGGGGAUCCCCACAAAGUGCAGCAAGCCCGUGAGCUUGUGGUGAAGCUCAUCCGGGACAAGGACCAGGGAGACUUCAGGACUGGCAGAGCAGACUUUGGAUCCAAAAUGGGGGGAAGCAGUUUGGAUGUGGUUGUUCCCAGAUUUGCUGUUGGCAUCAUCAUAGGUAGGAACGGAGAGAUGAUCAAGAAGAUUCAGAAUGAUGCUGGGGUCAGGAUCCAGUUCAAACAAGAUGAUGGAGUCAGUCCUGACCGAGUUGCUCAGGUGAUGGGCCAGCCUGACCACUGCCACCAUGCGGUCCACCUCAUCAAUGAACUGGUUCAAACAGCUCAGGAGCGAGAUGGAUUUGGGGGAAUAAUGGGACGUCGAGGGCGAGGUGACAGUAACAUGGGAGGGCCUGGAGGACUGCAGGAGGUGACGUAUGCAGUACCUGCUGACAAGUGUGGCCUAGUGAUUGGCAAAGGUGGAGAAACCAUCAAGAACAUCAAAGAGCAGUCUCGUGCCCACGUGGAGCUACAGAGAAACCCACCGCCCAACACCGACCCCAACGUGCGCAUCUUUUCCAUCCGAGGCACCCCUCAGCAGUUGGAAAAGGCCCGCCAGCUGAUCGAUGAUAGAAUUGGGGGCCCUGGAAUGGGGAGCAACAGCAGCUUCGGUAUGAAUCCCUACAACCAAGGACCAGCCACUCCUCCUCAACAUGGGCCUCAGACGUUCAUGACUGGAGGAUGGGGUACAACCUUUCAAAUAUGGCAGCCUCAAAGCCAACAGGACCACAGUCACAAUGGAUCCCAGACGGGCCAGAUGGACUGGGAGCAGUAUUAUAAAAAGCUAGGUCAGCAAAACCAACCCCAGAGCACCGCUCCUGAAUACAAUAAAGCUUGGGGCCAGACAGCCGGUCCUGGCUCUCAGCAGACCUCUAAUCCUGACUACAAUGCCUGGGUUGACUUCUACAGACAGCCGAUGGCCUACUUCAACCAGGGCGCACAGCAGACACAAGCCCCGGGCCUUCAGGAUCAUUAGAGAAGAUGCCCUGGUUAAUGACUUGAAUCACUGAGAGGAUGAAAACAACCCUUUUUUUAACAGAGGGGGUUCAAGAUUUGCAACGCCUUGAAGACUUUUUUCUUAGUGAGAAACACUAGCUGUAGAAUGACUUGUAUGAUAAAGUAAUAUUUCUAAAAUCAGGAACAUUUAUUUGUUACUAAAUGCUUAUGUACACUGUUAUUUUGGAUAGACAGUAUCUGGGAUCCCUUUUUGGACUUGAGAGAGCUGUUUCGUUUUUCUAUACUUUCCUGUCUUUGACUCAGACUGUAUCGCCAAAAUGAACCCAAGAGUUGUAACAUUUCAAAAGGCAAUAUGAUCUAUUUUUUCUAGUUAUGUUGAAAUGAAACCAUGAUUAUGUGCUUAGCAGUCUUGAAUACCGUUUAUCGUAUGUCAUAAAAUGUUUAAAGAGUGUGUUAAAAUGUUUUUCCUUUUACAUAAUUCAGUGAAAUGAAACUGUGAUGUUUUGUUACAGGAAAUGUAUUUUUGUUACAAGGUUAAAAAAAAAGGAUUAAUGUCAGCCAGUGGCAGUAGUUCUAAUUUAAUUCCUGUUGUGCAUUGUAUGCUGUUUUUCAUUGUCAUUUUAUUGUACUCUGGUUUAAAAAAAAAAAAAA